GGCAGGGUGUACUAUUUCAACCACCUGACGAACGCCAGCCAAUGGGAGCGGCCGAGCGGGGCGGGGCCGCGGGCGGAGCCGGGCCGCGUGCGCUGCUCUCACCUGUUGGUCAAACACAACCAAUCGCGCCGCCCGUCCAGCUGGAGGCAGGACCGCAUCACCCGCUCCAAGGAGGAGGCGCUCGAGCUCAUCAACGGUUACAUCCAGAAAAUCAAAUCAGGAGAGGAGGAUUUUGAGUCUUUGGCUUCCCAGUUCAGCGACUGCAGCUCGGCCAAGGCCGGAGGGGACCUGGGAGCUUUUGGGAGAGGGCAGAUGCAGAAGCCCUUUGAGGACGCGUCGUUCGCGCUGAGGGCCGGGGAGAUGAGCGGCCCCGUUUUCACGGAAUCCGGGAUCCACAUCAUCCUCCGCACCGAGUGA